AUGUCUAAAGAGAAGGCCGAUAAUAUACAAUGGACUAGAGCCAAGAGGGGUCUUGGUGGGACGGUAUUUGUGCUAGUCCUGCUGCUUCUAACGUUCGGGAACGUUCUUGGUAUAUUCAGCACUGAUAUACCCAUCCAAUCCAUAAUAGCAAGCACAGAUAGCCUCAACAGCAAUGCUUUAAUUGGAAAGGCCAGUGUCAAUUCCAUCAAGAAAGAGAGCAAUAACUUAAACAGCGUGGCACAUACUUCCAUGUCUUCCUCAUCAGUGGCUAAAGACGGCACAGUGAUUGAAUAUGAUCCAGAAAAGAACUUUAAGCAGAUUAUCAACACUUCCCCUGCUGUCUUGUUCAUUAGGUCAUCUGAGUACGAGUCUAACAUACUGAGGAAAUUGCUUACAAGGGAUUACGAGAUUACGCCAGAAUUGGCCAUUGUAGACUUAGAUAAACAUGACCACGAUGUUCUCUUAGAGAGACACAUCCUGUCCCACAAGAUUAAGUCUACAAAAGUUGAAGUUCUAAAGAGUACCUCUGUUAAACAGGCAAAAGCACCUUACUUAUUUAUCAACGGACACUCCUUGAUCAAUAAUGGAAUUGCCGAUGAUAUAUUGAAAUUUCACGAGAAAGGCCAACUACUAACAAAGUUGAAAGCAUUCGCAGGUGAGAAUAUUGUCUUUAAUAAAAGAGAUUUACCUUCCAAUUCCUGA